GGGCGGGGUUCGCAGAGUUCCCAGCAUGCUACGGUUCCCUGACCGGCUUCCCCUCUAGCCCUCCUCCUCUUCUGACAGUGACCAUGGCGCCGGUGUACAGCAAGUACCUGACAGCUCGCAACUCCUCGGCGGCCGGGGCGGCGCUCCUUCUUCUCUACCUGAUCAAGCGGCUAAAAGGCAGCGGGAAGAAGAAGACUCCACUACAGAACAAUGAGAAAGAAGGGAAGAAAGAAAAGGCCAUGGUCGACAAAGUUUUUUUUGGAAGAAUUGGCAGCAUUUUACGAAUAUUGGUCCCUAAAAUGAUCAGUAAGGAGGGUGGAUAUCUGCUACUCAUAGCUGUCAUGCUGAUAGCGCGCACGUACUGUGAUGUCUGGAUGAUACAGAAUGGCACUUUUAUUGAAAGUGCUAUCAUUGGUCGCAGCAGGAAAGAUUUUAAGAGAUACCUAUUCAACUUUAUCGCCACCAUGCCUGCCAUCUCAUUAGUAAAUAAUUUUUUGAAAUUUGGCCUCAACGAACUGAAGUUAUGUUUUCGGGAAAGACUAACUAAAUACCUCUACGAUGAAUAUCUCAAAUCAUUUACUUAUUACAAGAUGGGAAACCUGGACAACCGCAUAGCAAACGCUGAUCAGCUGCUUACACAAGAUGUUGAAAAGUUCUGCAACAGUGUAGUGGAUUUGUAUUCCAAUCUGAGCAAGCCAUUUUUGGACAUCGUCCUGUAUAUUUUCAAACUGACAAGUGCAAUUGGAGCUCAGGGUCCAGCAAGCAUGAUGGCUUAUUUGCUUGUGUCAGGACUUUUCCUUACACGCCUCAGGAGGCCGAUUGGUAAAAUGACUAUUACCGAGCAGCGGUACGAAGGUGAAUACAGAUAUGUCAACUCACGGCUCAUUACCAACAGUGAAGAAAUUGCCUUCUACAAUGGAAACGAAAGGGAAAAAUUGACCAUUCACUCUGCUUUUAACAAACUGGUGGAGCACUUACACUCUUUCAUUGUGUUCCGAUUUUCCAUGGGCUUUGUAGACAGCAUUAUUGCCAAGUAUCUUGCUACAGUGGUUGGUUAUUUGGUUGUCAGCCGUCCGUUCCUUACACCAAAUCACCCUCGUCAUCUGACCAGUAGUCAUGCAGAUCUCUUGGAGGACUACUACCAGAGUGGAAGGAUGUUGCUGAGGAUGUCUCAAGCCCUUGGCAGGAUUGUGCUAGCUGGGCGUGAAAUGACCAGAUUAGCAGGUUUUACAGCCAGAAUUACAGAGCUGAUGCAAGUGCUAAAGGACUUGAACAAUGGCAAAUAUGAACGCACUAUGGUUUCUCAACAGGACAAAGAGUCUGAUUCUCUUCCCAGAAUACCCUUGAUACCAGGAAGUGGUAGGGUUAUAAAUGUCGACAACAUCAUCAAAUUUGAUCAUGUUCCUCUUGCAACACCAAAUGGAGACCUUCUAAUCAGAGAUUUGAACUUUGAGGUGAGGUCUGGUACCAAUGUGCUUGUCUGUGGGCCAAAUGGCUGUGGAAAGAGUUCCCUGUUCCGUGUCUUAGGAGAGUUGUGGCCGCUGUUUGGAGGAAGUCUGACUAAGCCCGAACGAGGAAAACUAUUUUAUGUUCCCCAGAGGCCGUAUAUGACUUUGGGGACAUUACGGGACCAAGUCAUCUAUCCAGACACACAUGAAGACCAGAAACGCAAGGGCAUUCCAGAUAGGGUCCUAAAGGAUUACCUUGAUAAUGUUCAACUGGGUCAAAUUUUGGACCGUGAGGGAGGCUGGGAUAGUGUGCAGGACUGGAUGGAUGUUCUCAGUGGAGGAGAAAAACAAAGGAUGGCGAUGGCACGCUUAUUCUACCACAAGCCUCAGUUUGCAAUCUUGGAUGAAUGCACAAGCGCUGUUAGUGUGGAUGUAGAAGGUUUUAUCUACAGCCAUUGUAGGACGGUUGGAAUAAGUCUGUUCACAGUGUCACACAGAAAGUCCCUGUGGAAACACCAUGAGUACUACCUCCACAUGGAUGGCCGAGGAAAUUAUGUUUUCAAGCCAAUCACUGACGACACAGAGGAGUUUGGAUCUUAGAGUGAUGUUAAUGGAAGGCUUAUAAAUUGAGUGUAACUCAUGGAAACGCCAAGAGGAUAGUUUUCUUUUAAUUAGCAGGUUGCCUAAACCUACGAAUCUGAAUCUAAUAUGUAGAAUCUUGACAUCUGUGCAUACUUUAAUGUAAUUCUUAACACUACUGUACUAUGGGGUACAUACAAUUUAUACCUCCUCCAGGUUCAAACCAGGGGAUCUGAUCUGAGUCAGUAGUUGCAUCCUUUGACUUUCUUGGCCAGGGAUUGAUGUGCCCAGUUCCAAGAAGGAGUGAAAGAUCCAUCCCUUACUUUAUCAGCUUUCCUUAACAAUUAAGGGACAGUAUGAUUGGCCUGUAUGUGCUUCCUUUUUAAGCAUUGACUGCACUGUUGCCUGUAGCCAUAGGCAUUUUGAGAUGGCAGUACAACUGAUUUAGCAUUCUUUUUUUUUUUUUUUUUUCUUUUUUUUUCUUUUUUAUUAUAAAUUAAUCUCAGGUUAUUUUUAUUUUAUUUUUAAUUUUGAAAUAAUGUUAAGACAAUGGACGAGAUGCACUUAAUGAUUAUGUAAAUUAACCAGAUUUCUUAGUGUUGUACCGCCAAUAUCGGGACUCUAGGGAUCACAAGCAGAGGGGAUACAUCAGAAUAUAUUCAUUGUAUUGCCAGUGUAGAUCAUCUGUAAGUACCUGAAAAGCAUCUUCCAAGAUAGCCAGUGAGGUAAUUUUACGUUAUCUUCACAUCUUUAUUACAGCUGAACUCCAGGCAGAUGCACCCAUCUAUGCAGGUUAAUAAAGUUUUUUUUUUUUUUUUUUUCAAUGCAACUGCUGCAAAUGCUUGAAUUUUACUUGGUGUGAACCUCUUGCAAUGUCCUGUGCAACAGAGCUCUGGAAGAGGGAGCACCACAAGAAGGCCAAUCGGGUUUUCUGCAGUGCUUAUGUUCUAAACAGCAACAUGCUGAUAGGAGAGCACAGUGACCGCGAUGAGUUCAGCAGUCUGUUUUUCCUUUGCUAUCCAAUCUUUGGCUGGGGGCAGAAACAAGACCUUGUUGUAUUACUUCACUGCUGUAGAGAAAAGUCAGGUCUUCAGGCAGUAUUUCAUCUGUGUAAAAAAAAAAAAAAAAAAAA